AUGAAUUUGCUUCUCUCCGACGACUACCUGCUCCAGGACUACCCAGAGAGCAUCACGAGCACCAUCCGAUCGGGCCAUGCGACUUUUCUACGGUUUAAUCGCAAGGGCGACUACCUCGCCUCUGGUCGCGUCGAUGGAACAGUUGCUAUUUGGGAUUUGGAGACCAUGGGGGUAGCCAGGAAGCUGCGUGGCCAUAACAAGAGCAUCACAUUUCUGAGCUGGUCUCGAUGUGGUCGCUACCUGCUCUCAGCGUGCCAGGGAUGGAGAGCUAUCCUGUGGGACCUGAAUGAUGGAAGCAGGUUCCGCGAAGUUCGCUUCCGCGCCCCUGUCUACAUGGCGGAGCUUCACCCGUGGAACAGCUUUCAAUUCGUUGCCGCCGUAUUUGAGGAACAGCCUGCUCUCGUUGAUGUUUCCGAACCCGUCGAUGUCAAGCGCGUACUCCCCUCAGCACCGAAACGAGCAAACGCCGACGAGCGACAAGCGAAAGAGGAUGCCAAACAAAUGACCACAUCAGCGGUCUGGACCACGUCCGGCGACCACAUCCUUGCUGGGACCAGCAAAGGAAAAAUCAACAUAAUUGACGCCAGGACGCUCGAAAUUAUUUACUCAGAAAAGGUCUGCGCCGGCGCCAUCACUACGCUGCGAAUUUCAGGUUCUGGCCGCGACCUCUUGGUCAAUUCGCAGGAUCGCAUCAUUCGCACGCUACGGAUACCGAACCUUUCUGCCGAAGAUCUCGAUCCAGACACGAUACAAAUACCGCUCGAACAUAAAUUUCAAGACGUUGUCAACCGCCUCUCAUGGAAUCACGUCACUUUCAGUGCAACAGGCGAGUACGUCGCUGCCUCUACGUACAAUAACCACGAACUCUAUGUUUGGGAGCGGAACCACGGGAGUUUGGUCUGCAUGCUCAAGGACCCAAAGGAAGAACAGGGUGUGAUAGAAUGGCACCCAGCCCGGGCGAUGCUUGCAGCAUGUGGACUGGAAACUGGCAGGAUAUAUAUUUGGUCAGUCAUCAGCCCGCAGAAGUGGUCGGCGCUGGCGCCUGAUUUUGCCGAGGUCGAGGAGAACGUCGAGUACAUCGAAAACGAAGACGAGUUUGAUCUUUAUGCGCAGGAGGAGAUCCACAGAAGGCGUCUAGACGCAGAAGACGAGGAGGUGGAUGUCAUGACAAACGACCAGCUCAAGAUUGAAGAUGAGCUGGAUGGCGACGAGUUCCGGAUGCCGAUCCUGUUUACUCUGGGUGAAAGCGAUAGCGAGGACGAGUUCGUAGCUGUGUCGACAGGGACCAUGCGUCGGCGCAGUCCCGGAGACGACCAGUCUGAUUCACACGGGGGAGCCGAGACUGUGCCGCCAAAACGGGGAGCGGCCAAGGGCGGGCGCAAUAAACGAAAAUAA